GCUUGUCUCCGCCCACCGCUUCGAUAGACUUCCUGAAAACGCUCGUGCCUCCCCUACAGCUCAGGAAAGCUGGAAAACUCGCGAUGUAGGGGGUACAAAAAAGCCAGGGCACCUGAAACAGCGACUAAGGAGGAAAACCAUGACUUGAGAUACCCUGUUCCAGCACUACUCCACUUUCUGUAUUCUGUGCUUUAUUUAUUACCCUUUUGAGGACUGUCCUGCAAGAACCGGAGAACAGAAUUCAACCUUAAUGGAUAUCAAAUCUUGGAUUUUCUUGCAUUUUUUUCAUUGGAUGAUCACAAGAGGAAUUAGCAUUGUUUCCAGGCAAAAUUGCACUGAUUGGAACGAUUUAACACUAUCAGGGAAAGAAAAGCCUGCUGAAGUUUUUAAUUUUAUUUUGAACAGACACCUAUUGAAGCGCUGUCAUCCUUUAUAACUUUGUUGAACAUUCAGUUUAUGUAAAACAUCUCCAAACGUCUACUUCAUCCGUCCAGAAAGUCAUCUCACUACAAAGCUGAAGGUAGACCUCUGUAUGAGGCCCUCACCCAAACCUACCCUUUGCUUCCCAGUGGCACUACUUUUUGAGUCCAGACAUUGAGCAUGCGUUCUCCUGGCCCAGACAGCCCGUCCAUGACUGAGGAAGCAUUGCUGCAUGGACAGUUUGGUGGUUGGAGUAGUGGAGGCGGCAGUGGAAGUAACAGCAACAGCUGCCCUAACAGUCCUGGAGGUGUGUCUUUACCUUCCAGCCCUGCCUCCACUAACUACGCCUUGACCCUCACGCCAACUCACAUCCAUGUCCAGCGGUUGUCUCCACGUGCAGGGAAGCAGUCCAGGUUGCUUCUGCCUAUGGCAGAGCUGACCGGAUGCAGCUGCCCACGCUCACCAGCCCCUCCCUUACUAGUGCUUUACUGGUACCCUCCGGGACGCCGCCGGAAGGGUGUUUCUAGACACAGACAGGUGAGGGCGUAUUUGGCAGAGAGCCGAGCUGAGGCGGAGAAAUGGAACGCUGCUAUACAGAGCCUGCUGAGGGGGAUGGACGUCAGCUCCACUACAGAAUUUUGCAAAAGCAUGUUGCCUCGUCCCCGUCGACUGUUGCUGCUGGUCAAUCCAUUCAGUGGCCGGGGUCAGGCAAUGCAAUGGUGUCAAACGCACAUACUUCCAAUGAUAAGAGAAGCUAACAUCAGCUAUAACCUCAUACAGACAGAGCGUCAGAAUCACGCACGUGAGCUAAUCAGAGAGAUCUCACUACCAGAAUGGGAUGGAAUCGUCAUUGUGUCUGGAGAUGGACUUUUGCAUGAGGUGAUAAAUGGCCUUAUGGAAAGGCCAGAUUGGGAACAAGCAAUAAAAACUCCUGUGGGAAUUCUGCCUUGUGGCUCUGGAAAUGCACUUGCUGGUUCCAUCAACCACCAUGCUGGAUAUGACAUGUGCCUACGGGAGCCUCUCCUCCUCAACUGCUGUUUUCUGCUGUGCCGAGGUGGGGUUAAACCGUUGGACUUGGUCUCUGUUACAACCAGCCCGUGUGCUUCAUCAUCCACGUCUAAUCAAAAUGGGCAUCCACCUGCUCCCAGGAGGCUUUUCUCUUUCCUUUCUGUGGCUUGGGGUUUUGUUUCUGAUGUGGACAUAGAGAGCGAACGCUACAGAGGGCUGGGCUCAGCUCGUUUUACACUGGGAACACUAGUGAGAUUGGCUUCUCUGCGCUCUUAUAAGGGUCGCCUUUCCUACCUGCCUCCUGCUGUAGUCAACCCGUCCCCUGAUGCCACACCUCAGCCACCCCGGAGGCCCCUGUCGCGCAGUAUUACUGAAGGUCUGGAGGGAUUUUGUCGCACACCCAUCCACCGCACAUGCUCUGACAUGGGCCUGAGUGAACAAAGAAGUCUCCGAAAAGAUGAUGGAGAAAGAGAGAGGGAAAGAGAGCGGGAAAGACAGGAGAGAGAGCGGGAGAGGGAAAGGAGGAGAGACAGGGCAAGAGGGGUUGGGGUAGUGAGAGCCAGCAGUCUCGCAGAAGACCGGGAGAGAGAGGUAGAAGCAGAAGAGAAAAUGGAGGAGAUGUCUGGCACCAGCUCUGAGUCAACUGAAAGGGAUGAAUGUGACAACAUAGCCAAGAAUAAUGGUAACGAAGAAGAAAAUAAUUCAGGAAAGAGUAAGAUAGAUGGCCAAGAGUUGACAAAUGCAAGAAAUUUAAGUGACACAAAUGAAGUAAAUGACUGUGACGGAAGUUAUCAGACAACACCACCUGAACUGCAACAUGCAUUACGUAAAAACUCGGCUCCCUCUAGCCAAAUAAUUAAUGCCUUCUUCAGCCAACCGAUUGGUGCAGACACUGACCAAGACUUGGAGCUGGCAGCCUAUGGCAAGGAGGAUGAGGACAUAAAUGGCACUUAUUUUCAGAAAGAGGCAUAUUCAUUGGACAAGUCUCGCGAGCGAGCCCUCACUAUCUCAUCCUCUCCAUUCCGUCAGUCUCCUUUCAAAGCUUUCAAGCCCAAAACUUUGGACCAGAACCAGAACCCUUCAAGGCCAAGGCCCCUCUCUCUUCUCCACCAAUCCCAUUCAAACUCUCUCCCUCCGAAAUUUCCAUCCCUUUCUCUGUCCCUUUCUCCAACCCCUCCUUCAUCUCCAUCUUGUGCCUCUCCACACUCUUCUUAUCUCGCACCACGUCCCAACACUCCCAGCUCAUCUUCUCCAUCCCCUUCUAUUCAUUCACCAACUCCUUCCUUCAACUUUGACCUAGCAGAGCCUGCAGGACCCCUAAAAAACCGACCUCACAUGACAUCCUCCAUCAACCUUCCAGAGGAUGAUUUGCUACCUCCUCUGGACCAGCCUCUCCCUACAAGGGACUGGGUUACUAUUGAAGGUGAUUUUGUCCUGGUUCUUGCCAUCUACCAGUCCCACCUGGGAGCAGACCUUCUUGCUGCGCCUCAGGCUCGGUUUGAUGAUGGCUUGAUCCAUCUGACAUUUGUGCGGGCUGGCAUCUCCCGAGCAACACUACUUAGACUGUUCCUAGCAAUGGAGAGAGGAGCCCAUCUGUCUCUUAGCUCUCCCUAUGUUAGUCACGUUUCUGCUCGGGCGUUCCGCCUUCAGCCACUUUCCCCACGAGGAACCCUUACUGUAGAUGGAGAGCUGGUGCCCUAUGGGCCACUGCAGGCACAGGUUCAUCCCUCCAUGGCUCGUUUGAUUGUUGGGGACUCUGGAAUAAAGAUUACAAGAUUCUGACCUGUUUGGAUUUGAACGGGCAGGGAUUAGCGUGUUGCUUUGGAUUAUAUAACAUUUUGCCAUCCGCAUAUUGGGUGGGAGAGAGAAACAGAAAGCCAGCAGUUGCAAUCACUGCUUUUACUGGGAUUAACUAAGGGAUUGCUUAUUCAAGCUGCGUAUGCAAGGAGAAUUUUUGAAUUUAACGAAGGGAUGAAAACUUGCGGCCUAUUGCACGACUGUAGGAUUACACUUGGAAUUCCCUCACUGUAGUUGCAGAGAGAAUGCAGCAAUGUCCACAUAGAAGAGAAAUGAAUGUGUCCAACUGGUGUAUACAUUUUAGUAUGCAUUCGUGAGUAGAUUUUCAACAGUGCUCCUGCCUUAUUUCAGAGAGUGGAAAAAACAAUGACACACUAAAAAAAAACAAUAGCUGGCUUUUAGGUUGCCAUCCCCACAUUCAAAUAUGGCUCCUCCCAUUUUGCAUAAUAGGUACCCCUGGAAUGCCUUAUCCGUCUCUGAACUUCAAGUGAAACCCCUCCUUAAUUUAUAUACUUGCUCUUUAUCAUACUUACAAACGUAAACCUCAUUAGCAAAGAUUUAUCUGCAUUGAACUAAGUCUCCGUCCAGCUUUUGAAAAUCUAUUGUUGGAACUGAUCAGAAAUGUAAUCAGUUUAGAUUUGCGUCCAUUUAGUUUUGCGGGUAAUUUUAGGAUACAAUCAUUGACUGCAACAGUUAAACUGUUAAGGUGUAAAUUGCACUGCUAGUUUGUUUACGAAAAGCAUGCCAUGAUAUUUUUGGUUACUAGCAUUCUACACUGCAGUGAACACAGAAAGAAAGCUUGCAGUACGAAGUUUUUUCUUCCGCCCAGUGUCUUUUGCAUAAUUUCUGUGCAUUUUUAUUCAGCUUAAUCGAACUGGAAGUAGUUUGUGAUCAACUGGUAAUGCACCUUUAAGUAAUAAAAAAACAACAACAUUUGUUAGGCAAGGGUGAUUUCGGUAAUUUGGGCAAAUGAUCAGUAAAUUUGAUAACAUUUUAAUCUAUUUCUUUCUAAAAUAUAUUUAAGAUUAGGUAACUAGAGAGUAUUUAUCAGCUCUUUUAAAAAGCAUUCCUGUAGAAAAUCCAGCUGUGGAGCUGAUUAUAAAUUUAAAAACACAAUUUGAGUGAUUUUACCUAAAUAUUUAUUGGAGAAAUGCCCUAUUUACACUUCUGCAGUACUUUUUCUUAUUUUUCAGAGGACCACGGUUUGACAUUUUUUCAUUUUUGCUGUAAUUUCGAAAUUAACAAGACAAAAAAUAAAUAAAUAACUCUAGAACUCGAUUGGUAUUUCCGAACAGCUGUUCAGUUCUGUUUAGUGCAAUAAUUUCUACUUUUGUUGAUCACUGCUGUCCUUAGCUAUUAAGGUUGAUAUUUAUUUCUAGUUGAUUUGUUUUCGAGUCAGGGCACUCAAAAAUGAUUUUCAGCUAUAAUCAGAUGGCCAGUUAUUUGGUUUUGCUGUUCAUUCCCUAUAUUUUCUUCCUCCUUUUGUUGUACCAUGCUUUAGCGUGAACAAAUAAUUUUGGUAUCAAGCUGCUGUCCACCUUGAAAAUGCCAGUUUAAGAUCAUCCUCAAAUGCUUGUAUUAAGAUUGUAAUUACUAUUAAAAGAAUAUUAUAAUAAACAUAUAUGCAUAUUAUUUACAGUUCCUAGAUCUGUAUGGUUUAAGAGUUUCAUUCAGAUAAAAUUUAACUAUCAAACCCUG